AUGCGUGAGAAAAGGCAAAGCAACGAUCUAGUUCAACAACAAUCAUUAGUUGAUAAAGAAGAAGAUGUUCUUCGACAAGUUGUUGAACGUGAAUACACAACUUUAUAUCGUCAAGUACAUAAAGCUGCACAAAAAACAGCUCGUGACAUACUUCGACAUAUAAUUCAAGCUCCACCACCGCAACCAUUAACUAUACCUAUUCCUGUAUCGACAAAUGAAGCAAAUAAAGACACAGAUGAUGUUACUAAAACUAUUUCAGUUAUUGUAACAGAUGGUACGAAUAAAAAUCCACGUAAAAAUUCAACAGUACCAACUAUUAUGCCAACACUUCCUGUUGUUCGAGAAUUGGUCUCCUACGUACCAACAAGAAAAAAUCUUGCUACACGUGGUCAUCUUAUUGGUAUACCAUAUUUAGGAGAUAAAUUUGAUGCUGAAGAUCAACGAUUAAUUAAUUCAAUAUCUAUUGAACCAUCUAAACAACAGAAAUUAAUACGGAAAAAAAAACUUGAUGAACAAUCCUUAGAAACUUUAUAUCAAUCAAUUCGAUCAAAUAGUUUAUGGAAUGCAUAUUCAAAUGAACAAAUUAUUGAUGCAAUAAUUCAUUAUCAUCGUGAUUCAACACCAAGAACAAAACUUUUGACAUUAGCAAAUCAAAAUGAUUGUUCUAUUAUUGAGAAACAACGACUUAAUACCAAUAUUGAUAAUUGUGAUUCAUUAGAUGUUGAUAUUGAUGAACUUAUUAUUAAACCUUGGUGUUCUCGGUUUUGUCCACGAUGUUAUACCUAUAAUUGUCUAUUACACAAAGAAGGCCCAUCAUAUUUACCAUUACCAAAACAAUUUGCUAUUUCAUAUAAUAAUCAUUCUACACAAUGCAGUUCUACAUGUUGUAAACAUCAACGUGAACAUCUUAAACGAUCAUUAUCACCAUCAUCUACUACUAAUGAAUCAAUUGAUCAAAUCAAUAAUCAUAAAAAACGUCAACGUCGAGGUUCAAAUAAAAUAAGUUUAUCACCAGAUGAAAAUUUUCGUACUAAUCUAUCUGUUGAUAUAAAUUUGCAAUUAAUUGAAAGUCAAAGAAGAUAUUCAUUACAAUGUUUAACACAAAUUGAAAAUCAUAUGAUUUAUCCAUCAUUACAACAAAUUUCAUUAGAAAAUUCUUGGUCAUUAACUGAUCGAAGUUUAUUUCGUUUAUUCUAUUUUGUCUUAGAUGGAGAUUUAUGUUUAUUAAAUCAAUUACUUCAUAAUAAUCAAACAUGUCAAGAUCUAUAUGAACAAUUUAUUUUUGAUUCAAAAUAUUUUUCCGAACGUAUAUCAUUAACAAAUGGUUUACCAUUUUUAAUACGUCAUCCAUAUCGAAGACGUAUGCCUGAAGGUACAACACGAGCAUUUCUUAAUUAUAUGAAAAGAAAUCUUAAUCGACCUAAUGAAAAUACUAAUCGAAAAAAUACAACAACAACAACAGCAACAACAUUAAAACCUGCAUAUCAACCAUGUUCACAUGAUGGACCAUGUACAAUAGAUAAUCCUGAUUGUUGUUGUAUAAAAAUGGGAACAUUUUGUGAAAAAUUUUGUAAUUGUUCAAUUGAUUGUCCACAUCGAUUUCCCGGUUGUGCUUGUCGAGGAACAUGUUUAUUUAAUAAUUGUUUAUGUAGUGCUGAAGGUCGAGAAUGUGAUCCUGAUUUAUGUCAUAAUUGUGGAGCAUCUUUAUUUUUUAAUCAAUUGAAUACUUCAAUUAAAAUAGAACAAGACAUAACUACAUCAACAUCAAUAACAGAAGAAGAAGAAGAAAAACAUUUAUCAGCAUCAUCUGCACGAAAUGUUCGAUCACGAACAUUUAAUAAUUUACCAGUACGAUCACAAACUCUUCGAUCAUGUCGUAUUGUUGAACCAUCAUAUAAAGUAACAUCCAAGCAACGAAGACGUACAAAUUCUAGAGCAUCAUUAAAUUCAACUGUACCACAAUUAUUACCAAUGGUUACAUGUGCAAAUAUUGCAUUACAACGAAAAAUUCAUAAACAAAUUCUGAUUGCUGAAUCUGAUAUUGCGGGUUAUGGAGCUUUUCUUGGUUCACCAGUUGCAUAUCCUGGUGAUUUAAUUGCAGAAUAUACUGGUGAAAUCAUUUCAGAAGAAGAAGCUGAUCGACGAGGACGUCUCUAUGAUAAACGUGCGUGUUCAUACUUAUUUAAUCUUGAUAUGCAACAUUGUAUUGAUGCUCGACAAUUUGGUAAUAAACUUCGCUUUGCUAAUCAUUCCUCGAAACCAAAUUGUGUUCCAAAAAUAAAAUUAGUCAAUGGUGACUAUCGUAUUGGUAUAUAUGCUAAAGAAGUUAUUUUUCGAGGUGAUGAAUUAUUUUUUGAAUAUAUGUAUGAUGCACAUCAACGUCAACAAUUUAUUAAUAAUGAACGCAUUGAUGAAACAGAACAAGAGAAUUUAAUAAUUUUAACACGUUAUGGUGAAAAUUUUAUGUUAGUACAACCAUCAAAUGAUUGA